GUGCAUUUGUAGCCAAGAUUGCACGACCUCAGAAGAGAGCAGCAGCCAUCCAGUUCAGCCCACAGGCAGUGGUGGGCCAACACCAGGGCCAGACAUGUCUCAUGAUUAGAGUGUCCAACCUGAUGCACCAACCUUUGAUCCACGUAAAGGUGAGUGCUGUUCUUUAUGAAGAGCAUGAAGGUCAAGCACUGUACCAGACUUCCCUGGACUUCUACUUGGAUGAUCUGGGCCAGCGGCCAUGCCCAUUUUUUAUUUUCCCACUCACUUUUUAUCACAUACUGGACCGCCGGAGCCCCCUUCACCCCAUCCUGUGUGAAGGCACAUCCAGCCACUUUGAGUUGGUGGUCUUUCUUACAGCCAUGCAGGAGGGAACUGGGGACUCCUGCCAGAAGAGAACCUCCUAUCUGCGCCAAGAAAUUCAGUUUGAUCGGCAAUUUCUGCCUGCUCUGGGACUGGAUGCUCAGGGGCGGUACCUGGUGAGCACUCAGCACUUUGACACGGCCCACUCCAAGGAGCCCCUGAACAAGGACUGUGUAGUCCAGAUCAAUGGAGAUGGGAGCGACAGGAUGGAGUAAGUGUGAUGAAAAAGAGCUGGUUUAAGAACUGUGGGAAAUCUCUGAUGCACGUCAUUAUUUUUGUCAGGAGAUUUUUAUAUGAAUUUU